ACGUGGGCAGUGAUGGGCGUGUCGAAGUUGUCUCUAUGGCGGAGGCUUGGUGACGCCCACGGAGCCACUUCCGCACAUUUCUUCUGCUGCGCACCGGAGGCUCGUCGGAGAUUUAACCGACAAAGGAGAGCAUGCGUGCUGAUUGAGUAGGCGGGUAUGGAUGGUAAAGGCCCGUAUCGGAUCUACGACCCCGGCGGGAGCGAGGCUCAGUCCAAAGAGGAGGCAAGCAGCUACAGACAGCUCCUGGAGGAGAACACGGUCCUGAGAGAGCGCAUGAAAGGCCUCAAGAGCCUCGGAGAUCUGCUGGAAGAGUCUCAGUCGGAGGCGCUGAAGCUCCGCAAGCGAGUGGAGGAGCUGGUGAGAGACAACGAAGCGCUGAAGUCGUCCACGUCCAGCUUCGCCAGCGCCUGUAUCGGCACUCCGGUUCACACCGACACCCAAGGUCAUGGGAAGCUCCUGAGUCACCAGGCGUCGGUGCGAUCGGAUCCCCGCGAGUGCCUGACCGGGAAAACCGUCCAGGCAGAAGCCACUGAGACCUCGUCGCACUUCGAGCUGGUGAACACGGAGGACAAGCCCAUGGCGGAAACGCAAACGGAGAACACGGAGUUGGCCAGUCAGCUGCAGAGGCUGGAGAGUUCGUUCAGUGUGUUUGCGCAGGAGUCCAACCCCAACCAGCUGCUGGCUCACCUGGGCCGCAUGGCCGUCGAGUUCCACACCCUGUCCUCUAAAGUGCAGAAGAACGAGCAGAGAACCUCACUGCUGCAGACGCUGUGUGAGCAGCUGAGGCAGGAAAACAACGAGCUGCGGAAGAAAAUGGAGGAGGACCUUCAGUAUCGAAAUCGCGACCUGGAGCAGCUGAGGCAGGAGAACCUGAAGCUGCGUGAGCAGGUGAAUGGACGGACAGAGGUGGCACAGAAUGAGUCAGCUGAGGCCAAAGACGAAGCGGCCAAAGAGGAAGUGGCGAAGGUCAAGCUGGAGGCAGCCAUGACUCAGCAGGUACACUCAGCUCAGUCCAGUAAAGCCGCAGAGAAAACUCCAUCCAAGACCCUGGACCCGGAGGUGUACGAGAAGAAGAUCAGGCUUCUGGAGAAACAGAGGAGAGACGUGCUGGAGGUGAACAAACAGUGGGACAUUCAGUGGAACUCGAUGAAGGCACAGUACGAGCAGAAGAUCACAGAUCUGCGGCAGCGGCUGGCUGACUCACAGAAAGCCGUCCAGGAGCUAGAGGCAGAGCGAGAGCAGAGGCAGAGAGAUUACGACAAGAAGCUGCUCCUGGCCAAAUCCAAGAUCGACAAUGUGCAGGGUGAAAAGGAGUGUUUGACGACAGAGACGUGUGAGCUGAAGCAGAAAGUGCGCUACCUUCAGGAUCAGCUGGUGCCACUCACUAAGCAGAGAGAGUACCAGGAGAAGGAGAUCCAGCGUCUCAACCGGGCCCUGGAGGAAGCGCUGAACCUGCACUCUCCAACCGCCCAGGCGGGAAUGAACCUGGGCGAGGGAGUCCUGAACCUGCGCCAGCAAGAGCUCCACACUCAGAUCUCGGUGCUCAAAGAGCAGGUGAAGAUCUUCGAGGAGGACUUCCAAAAGGAGCGCAGGGACAGAGAGCGCAUGAACGAGGAGAAGGAGGACCUAAGACGGCAGGUGGAAAGGUUACAGGGUCAGAUGACCAAUCUGACCAAUCAGCUCCAUCAGGCGCAAAAUGAGUGUCAGAGAGAGCGGGCAGAGCGGUGUAAACUGGAGCGACUGCAGAUGCAACACAAUAAACAGGGGCAACCAGAGAGAAGGACGUCUGACCCCACCUCGGGCUCGGCUAAUGGCCCGCUGAGCCCGCCGUACUGCGGCCCGUUCAUGCAGGUCGGCCAUCAGCUCGAGGGCUGGCCCAUCCACUUCCCACCCAGAAUGCCCACGCUGAGCGCAGCGCCGGGCCGAGACUUCCAGCCUGUUAAUCCGGGUUUUCCUUGGCAGACAUCAUUCCCGCAGCCACGGGGCUCCAGAGUACAGCCAGACGCAGCGAGAGCACCACCAGAAAGUGCAGAAGCAGGAGCAGCGGGUUUCGGGAAGCGGGAGCGUCAGAACGUGGACUCUGGAAAGCACUAAGCGCUUCACCCUCCCUCUCCGCCGCCACGUGGCUUAGUAGCAUGAUGCAGUUUCUCCUUCAGUUGGCAUGGUGUGAACUUUUAUUUCUCCUCCCCUAAUGUGCGUGUGCGCGCGCGUAUGUGUGUGUGUGUGUGUGUGUGUGUAUAUAUAUAUAUACAGUAUAUAUAAAUAUAUCUCUGAUAAAAUGUUGUUUAUAUGCUUAAGUUUUAUAAGCCUAUAUGUGAAACACUGUUCUGGAGUACAUAUAUACAAUAUAUAUAUAUAUAUAUACUAUAAUUAUUAUUAUUAAUAAUAAUUUAGCUUUUUACUAUUGUUGAAACUCUGCUUUAUACAGUGAUUCUGUCAGUUAUUUAAUGGACGAAAGCAUCGUGCGGACCAGAAGAGAAAAUACUGUCGAAUCGUUUCGAAGCAUCCUGCUUUUGAUUAGAAGAUUAUUUUUCGGUACGGCUUUACGUCAACGUUCCUUUAAUCGAUGAUAUUUACUGCAUAAGUUACAUUCACAAAUCUUAAACCUUCAGCGUUAAUAAACCGUCAGCCAUAUUGACACCCGAGUCUAACCCCGAGUUUAAAACUGAACAUCUUCAUCAUCAGCUCAUGUUUAUUUCUCCAGUAAGGCGAAAUAAAUUUGCAUACAUUCGCAUAAAUUACAGAGUUUCCCAGGUUUAUUGUUUAUUCUCAUUCAAAUAGCACAUGAAUAUCUGUUAAUUAUGUAUUAACGCUGAAGUUCACUUGAUAACUAAUGACGUGAAUAGCGUUACUUACAGGAACUUUAACGUAAAGCACUACCGCUAUUUAUUUACUGAAACUAACUGAAAGCAAAAGUAUGAUGUCAUAUGUGGGUUCUUUUUUCCUGAAAAUCUCUCUUUCAAGUGAAAAAUGGUUUCAUUUCUUUGGGAGUUUAAAAAAAAAAAAAAAAAAAAAAAACACCCUAUAGGCUGACGAUGUGGAAGUUGAAAGUGUUGUCCUGUAACUCUGUAGGAGAAUUGUCUCGGAAAAUUUUGCGCCACAGUAGAAUGUAUUUCUAUUUAUUCACACGCCAUACACUUCUUAUCGUUUCUGUAUCCACGUGUCAGUCGUUUAAAAACAACGUAACAUCCAUUACGUGUAAUUUGUUCAUUGAACUUAGCUAAAUUACUGUAACUGAUAUUUAACUUUUAAUCUUUCUGAGAUCUUACAAUCCUUCGAAGGCCCACUUUAAUGUUUAAUAUAUACAUUUUUUUUGUCGUUAAUGUUUCCUGAAUGUAUAUCCGUGAUUGCGGGUAGGUCAAGCCGGCAGUUAAAAUUUCUAUUAUGAUCUUUUUCAGUAGUGAUGAUGGCGUGUGGUUCAUUGUCUUUGUAUCGCUGUUGUUUGUGUAUUGCUUUUGUCUGCAUCAUAUAUCCCAGAUGUUUGAUGUGACCGGUGUUGUGUCGGCUGCUGCGCUGACACACAGUGGGCCAAAACAAAUUAUAAUAAUUAUAAUUACCUUAUUAAGAACAGCUCAUCUAUUCAUCCAUGCACUUAUCCAUAUUCACUGCUUUAUGCUGCCUUCAAGUCCUCCUUGGAAAUUCAUGCGUAAGAGUUUGGAAGUUAUUAUUUUUUGUAUCAUCACUGACAAGAAGCUAAUUUUGCCUUACGGAAAGAAAAUGAAGAACUCUAUCUGUCUCUCUAUCCAUCUAAGAGUUAACGUGCAAAAUUAUCACGUAAACUUUCACGUAAAUUAUCUCGUUCAUACCGGGACUUUUUUGUUAUUGACACACCCACAACUCGGAAAAAAAUACGUUGUACAUACAAGUUGUAAUUACGACAUUGUGGUGAAGUUCUCCUCAUACCUACGAUAUUUCUGACAGGACUUGAAGGCAGCAUUAGUGCAGACCAGAUCAGCAGAGAUAUAACCACAUGCCAUUGUAAUCCAUUUAUAAGGAUAAUUAAUUAAUAUUCAUCGAUUUAUAGAAGAACUGGGUCCAAAAAUGGAGUUGUGAAUUUUCCGGUUAUUCGGAUUGUUCUUUCUGUGACAUGAGUAGUUUGAGAUGUGUACGUGACUCUGUUUAUAACAAUCUUCCCAAGACGAAUUUGCUGUAAAAACAUGACGCAGCGUUUAUGAUAUGUAAAUAUAACAAUACGCAGGUUUGGACAGGCCUUUCUAGUGAACGUGUGUUGAGUAGAAACAGCUAAACUGAAUACAAGUGUGUGGAGUGUGUAGAGGUUGAAAUGUUUUGUGAGCUGAACGGCACUUUCGCUUUUAUUUAAUGUAGUUAUGUGCUCUUUUGGAGUGAGAUUUCUUUUUCUUCUAUUAGGCGAAAGCACAUCUCGUGAAUCUUUUUGUAUUUGAUAAUCAUAAUAAAUAUAUUCUUAAUGUC